AUGGCAUACGACCUCAUGUUUAUUGCAUCCAUUCUUAUAUACCUGUCAUCCUUCAUUGGCACGAUCGGCAACCUCAUUGUCCUCUUUGCCUUCAUCAGCAAUGCGAUCCGACACAAAUUGGUUCAGCCUUUAGACCGGAUCAUCAUCAACAUGGCUCUGGUGAACUUCUUCCUCUGCUGCUACAAGUUCAUUUCUGGGCUCCUCACGUUCAGCCGUACCAAGGUUUUUGGCGAACUGGGCUGCAGGAUUCUGCUUUAUACAUACCAUACGCUGAGGAUGAUCAGCAUUUGGUCUGUGGAGAACCUGAGCUUCCUCCACCUAAUCAAGAUUCGAAGGCCCAACCACCGGUGGUCCAAAUUCAUCUACAGGCACCAGGGCCCAUAUGUCAACGGCACUCUUGCUGGUUGUUGGAUAUUCAGCAUCCUCUUACAGCUCCCUUAUCUGCAGUAUGAGAAAACAGUGGACCGCAGGAACACGACCAUCGCCUUCUUAGCACCCUCAACCUGUUUAAGAUUCACAGAGAGUUUUGUCAUGAGGUUCACCACAUAUGCCUCGGUCAGCUUGGACCUGGUCCUCAUCAUUCUAGUCGUGGUCCUAAACGGGUUCAUUAUCGACCUUCUGUGCAAACACAGGAUGAAAGUGAAAGACGUUUCCUCAAUCACUAACAGCAACUGGAACAAUCACACGGCCCAGGCCACCAAAGUCUUGCUCUCGCUGCUCUCCAUCUACGUGGUCUGCUGGAUCUCCAAUGACAUGGUCUGGAUUGCUAUCAUCUCGGGGUAUUUCGAGAGCAAUUUUGAGAACGGCGUCCUCAAUGCAUUCUAUGGCAUGCUUUCUUCCAUUUAUUACUCAGCCAGUUCAUACGUCAUGGUGUUUGGCUACAGAAAGGUCAGAGAGUACCUGAUGGAAGCCUGCUGUUGCUUGAGAUGUGCAAGACCCACCAUGGUCCAGACCAUGACCUAA